UUCCUCCUCGACUUCUUCCUCGACUUCAUCUUCAUCUUACUCCCAACUCUUCUUCUUUUCCUCCACCUCCAUCUCCAUCAUCUCACCACCAUCACAGCCACCACCAAACCCUAACCCCAUCAAGAAUCAUGGAGGAGGUGUGGAAGGACAUCACCCUCUCCUCCCUCCAACCCCACCACCACCACCACCACCACCACCACCACAGCCCCUCGUCUGUCGGCCCCUCCUUGCGGGGAAACGGCCUGCAGGACUUCCUCGGGCGGCCCUCCCACAAGGACCCGCCGACCCCUGCCAACAUCACUUCCCCCUCCUCGCUCCCUCCUCACCACCCUCUCACCUUCUUGAGCCUCAACAACUCCGGCCCCGAGUUUCACUUCCUCGACGACUCGAGCCCGCUCGGGCUGAGCACCACUCGGUUUCAGAGCCACAGUAGAGCGGGAAUGGCCUGCUUCAGCACUAGCCCUUUUGAGGCUCUGGCGGGCUCUGCUGAUCCUGGGAAUCCCGGCGAUGUCGCCGCUUUUGGGAAUAUCAAGAAGAGGGUGUCUGAGAGUGAGGGCGGCUCGGGCGACCGGAGGCACAAGAGGAUGAUCAAGAACAGAGAGUCCGCUGCGAGGUCUAGAGCUAGGAAGCAGGCUUAUACGAACGAAUUGGAGCUUCAGGUUGCCCACUUGUUGGAAGAGAAUGCUAGACUGAAGAAGCAGCAGGAACAGUUGUGGAUGGCUGCAGCAUCGCAAAUUCCCAAAAAGCACUCGCUCCAUCGAACGUCGACAGCUCCAUUUUGACGGGGGCGAUCCCUGGCGUUUGCCCCUUUAACAAUGCGCUUUUCUUUCUUCUCCCCUUUUGGUUCCUUUCUGGAGCUAACCUAAGAACAGUUCCUUUGAAGUAGUUACGAAAGAACAGUGGUGAGAGAGCGUAUUUGUGGAGGGUCAGGAAUCUUCUUUUUUAAGCUUUGCGCAGGUGUUGUGUUGCUGUUGUUGGGGAGUGGUGACUCUACCCUACAGUACCCAGAGUUUGAAUGCUGUUUUUUCUCUGUUGGUGAGGACGCGCAUUACACUAGCCAAAGGCCUUUAUCUUCUUUUUUUUCCCCCUUCUUUUUUCUGUACGUCCUGGGAUGCUGGAACUCUGCCGCUGCUGCUGCUGCUUUAGAGAGAGAGAUAGAGAGAGAGAGGAGAGGAGAGAGGGAUAUGGAGGGAACUGUGGUGGGUCUUUCUUCAUGUGUUUGCUCCUUUGUAGUUUCUUGACUGACUUUUUGGACCCUAGCGUUCAUUAAACGUGGACAUCGUUCUCA